AUGACCUGCAUACAACUCAAAGCAUCAUUUCUAAAAUACAGCAACAAAUGUGCUGAAACCUUCCGAUUGAAACCAAAAGCACCUAAACCUAUAUCCAUAAGUGCACCCUUCAAUUUUCAAGAAGGCCCAUCAGUAAAUCUCCCCGGAUAUUCCGAAGAUGAAAUUUCACUCAUGAAAGAAAAAGCCAUUGCAUCGACAGCUGUCGUCUCUGAUAAUCAUUAUGCGAAUCUAAAUCGAUGUUACGAUUCAGAUAUAUCCGAAUCACAUUCUAAGACGGGUUCUCAUGGUUGUGGAAUUGGAAUUGGAAGGAGUGUGGUUUAUCAUGCUAGGAGGGCUAGUAGAGGGUGUAUUUAUGGUCAUUGA